GGGGGAUCCGGAUCCGCACCCCCCGCCCCCCGAAUCCGUGAGCUCGAGAAGCCGCCGAGUGUCGCGUUCUCUCUCCCGCAGCAGCAGCAGCCGUCACCACCAGCACCACCAUCAUCAGCAGGGCCUUCAUCAUCAUCAGCACCACCACCACUACCACCAGCACCAGCAUCAGCAGCAGCAUCAUCAGCAGCAUCAUCAGCAGCAUCAGCUCGGGCCUUCACCGCCACCAUCACCAUGUUCCACGGCGUCUCCAGACUUCUCCUCGUGCUGCUGCUGGCGAUGCCGCUCGCCGUGCUGCUAAACGGCAGAGGUCCUGCGUUUGCUCGAGCUGACGAAGAUGCGACCGAUGACGAAGUAGACGCAGCGGUGGAGGAGGACGAGGAGGAGGACGAGGAGGACGACGCGGAGGUGGAAGAUGAAGAACCGCAGACAGCCAUGACGGGAGAAGACGCGGAAGAGGAAGAGGAAGGGGGCACGGGGGAGCCCACCGCUUCCCCGCAUGCUCACACCACCAUCCUCUUCGUCAAGGGAGAUGACUUCCCCGCCAACCGCGUUGUCAAGUUCCUCGUCGGCUUCUCCAACAACGGCUCGGAGGAGUUUGUCGUCGAGUCUCUCGAUGCCUCCUUCCGCUACCCCCAGGACUUCCAGUUCUACAUCCAGAACUUCACGGCGCUGCAGCUGGACACGCUGGUGAAGCCCCAUCACCAAGCGACCUUCGAGUACUCCUUCAUCCCUGCCGAGCCCAUGGGGGGGCGCCCCUUCGGCCUGGUCAUCAGCCUGGGAUACCGCGACGCUACGGCGCAGUACCGUGACGCCGUUUUCAACCAAACCGUAACCGUCACCGAGCCGGAUGAGGGAAUCGACGGAGAGACGUUCUUCAUGUACAUGUUCCUCGCCGGGCUGGUGGUGCUGCUCCUGGUCGGCGCACACCAGCUGCUUGAGUCUCGCAAGCGCAAGCGUCCGGGCGCGAAGCCCGUGGAGAUGGGGACGUCUAAUCCGAACGGCGUGGAUAUGAGCUGGAUCCCACAGGAGACCCUCAACCAUAUGAAGCUAAGCCGGAGAGACAAGGCCUCCCCAAAGCGGUCCCCGCGCAAGCGCGUGACCCGGCGAUCCGAGGGCGUCAGCGAAUAGAGAAAGGCCAAGUCAUCGCUAUUUUUAUUUUUUAUUCUUCCCCAGACUCGUUUUGGCUACAAAUUACACCUUCCGUUACCUUCCCUUACCCUCAUCACCGCCACCAUCGCCAUCACCCCCGCCCCGCUCCUCCUCCCAAUUAUUGUUUCAACUUCUCACCAAUGUUUGUCAAACUCCACAGCGUGUCCCCGUCAAGGAGACGGCACGUUUGUAAUUUCCCGCUUCAUUUUUUCAUUCAUGUGAGAGGCACGGUAAAGCAAAGCAAGCGCCUGCCUUGUUCAUAUGUUCUCAAAAUAAAAGACGAUAUUGUCAUUUUUUCUCUAUCGACUGUAACUCAUAUUUGUGGCCAACUUUUAAGGAAGUUACUUUCGGUAUGAUUUUGGUUUUUUUUUUGCAAGAGCUUGGCAAAAAGGUGUGUCCUGAUGUCGGUGAUUAAAUUUAAUUUUACAAAAAUAUUCCAA